GACGUUUUGGCAAAACAGGCAUCGCUUUGCCACGUCGGUCUCUGUGUGCUACUAGUGACUGUAGCAAGCUACUGUUGCACUGCAAACAGACUCGUUUUUAACCGUAUGUUUGUUGUUGGAGGUAAACCGAUAUAACGUCCUGUGUGUUUAUAAGUAGCACACAACCACCGUCCCCGCUAAAACCUAUGAAUAUAUUCCCUUUUAAAACGAGAGAAAUGUUCGCUCCUGUCUCGGCUUGUCAACCCACAAUUGACUGAUGCAUCCGUGUCCACACCAUCCGCUUUUUGUCAAUGUUGUUGGCCUGGCUGUGUUGGGCCGGGCUGUGAGGUGGUGCUGGUCUCUGGGUCUAGGUGGAGAGGCAGUAGCAGGGGGUGUUGAGGUGGUGCCUGGCCAUGCCCGGGGGCCGCAGGGGGCCAAGUAGACAACAGCUGAGCCGCUCUGCUCUGCCCUCCCUGCAGACUCUGGUGGGGGGCAGCCUCGGCAACGGACUCAGAAACAGGAGUAGUAACUGUGUGGGUCUCUCUGCCCCACCCCUCUCGGCCCUCAUCACGCCGGAACCCGUCCGUCACUACCGGAUCCCUGACCUCCCAUUGGACAGCUGCCUGCUGUUUGAGUUCCUGCUCUUCCUCUACCUGUUGGUGGCGCUGUUUGUUCAGUAUAUUAAUAUCUACAGGACUGUGUGGUGGUACCCUUAUAGUCACCCUGCUGCCUCCACCUCUCUGAACUUCCAUCUGAUGGACUACCACCUGGCUAUCUUCAUCACAGUGAUGCUGGCCAGGAGACUGGUGUGGACUAUAGUGUCAGAGGCGUCUCAGACCAGUCCAUGUUCCUUGGUACGGUACGUGGUUCUGAUCGCAGCACGGCUCAGCCUCCUCACUCUGUGUGGCUGGGUUCUCUGUUGGACCCUGGUCAACCUGUUCAAGAACCACUCGGUGCUCAACCUGCUCUUCCUUGGAUACCCGUUUGGGGUGUACGUUCCCCUGUGUUGCUUCCAUCAGGAGAGUAGGGCCCAGCCAGUGCCUUCAGACUGUAGUUACACAGACCAGGACCUGUCCCACGGGCCCUUCUUCAGGCCUAAGGACUUCCUAGCGUUACUAAGGGAGAACCUGAGAGAGCAGUUUACCACUCCAGGCCACAUCCCCCACCACACCUGUCCCCAGUCCCCGUCUCCAGAACUCAUCCGCAGCGAGGUGGAGGAACUCCGGAGCGACUUCAACCGUCGCAUCAAGGAAGUCCUCUUCAACUCCCUCUUCAGCGCUUACUACGUAGCCUUCCUCCCCCUCUGCUUCGUCAAGAGUACCCAGUACUAUGACAUGCGCUGGUCCUGUGAGCACCUGAUCAUGGUGUGGAUCAAUGCGUUUGUUAUGCUGAUGAGCCAGCUGUUACCUCCCAGCUACUGUGACCUGCUGCACCGCUCUGCAGCCCACCUGGGGCGCUGGCAGAAGCUGGAGCACGGAUUCUACAGCAACGCGCCACAGCACGUAUGGUCUGAGAGUACAGUCUGGCCCCAGGGGGUGUUUAUGUACAGCCUGUACAAGGCUGUAGGACCCUUUAACGUGGCCCUGCCCUCAGACGUCUCCCCCUUUAGUCUGUUCCUUUUCCACAAGCCGUUGCGGAUCCUAAACCUGUUAAUCUGGAUCGAGUCCAGCGUAGUCCUGUACCAGUUGUACUCCCUGCUCCGCUCUGACAGCUGGAACCACACCCUGUCCCUGGGCCUCAUCCUGUUCUGUAACUACUACGUCCUCUUCAAGAUGCUCCGGGACCGCAUCGUGCUGGGCAAGGCCUACUCCUACCCUGUUACCUCCAGCCCCGGGUCCGGCACCACCAACGGCCUGGGGCUCAAGUCCCAGUGACACCCCAGGAGAGGGUUCUGGAGCUGGGGACGUGGGUUCGGAUACUCCCUAGCCUCCCUGCCACUACGGCUGUACGGAGGGGGUGGAGGUGAGAGAGGGGUCGGCGUGCAGCAGGAGGGACUGACUGUGAACUCAUAUUGUUUUGAUACGGUUCUAUUUUUCAUGCAAUGUUUAUACCUAUUUAAAUAAUAUUUUAUUUUGUAUACUGUUUUCAAAAGUAACAGGGCAUUACGGUAGUAUUGUCAUGUGAUGUUUGUUGUUGCUUCAUGGUGCAAAGCGAUUGGAUGGGAGAGAGUGAGUUGUGUUCUUGAUGCCAUGAGGCCCCGCCCACGUGCUGUGCUAAGCUGCUCCCCCUAUGCUCACCGCGUUCCGACUUCCACCAAAGAUGCUUAAAGAAGGCUUCAGAGCCAAUCAGAUGGUACCGGUGGCCAAUCAAGGAUGAGACUUUGGCUCGGUUGGCCAAUCAAGGAAGCGACUGAGGAGACCCCGCCUCUCCCUGCACACUGCCUCUUUAGAGAACAUAUUCAUCCCUUUACGGUGUUUUAUUAGGAUUCGUUUCGUAGCAAGACCGUCUGCAGUUUGGCCAUGAGCGCUGACUCUGGUGCCUGUAGAACAUACCCACGUCCCAAAUGGCACCCUAUUCCCUACACUAUGUAGGGAAUAGGGUGCCAUUUGGGACAGGCACAAUGUCUUCUUCACAGUGUCAUGUUCAUUCAGGUCAUUCAUUUACCACAAAUUGCCGCUCUUCAUUUCACUGUGCCUGAGAAGCGAAAAACAUAGAUAUAGUCUGGAUAGAAUGGACACCACCACCGCAACAGAUUGCCGUUUUCUAGAUGG